AUGGACCAAAAGGCAUCCUCGCUGCCCUCCACACAGUCAGAAAAUGAAGUCCUCCAUGCCAUACGUCAAACAAUCCUUUACUUCAUCCAAAUAUGCAAUGCAUUACUCUUCUGUAUAAUCGCUGCUCACUGGUUGUGGAAUCGUCGCUACAAGGGCCGUCAGAGCGAGGUCUUACCCUCAACAACGGUAGCCUGCUCACAAGAAGAUGAACAGAAUGCACAACUCAGUGCUGAAGACUAUCACGUCUCUCGCAUCUCCUACAGCGAGGAUACUAUUAUCAAUAUAAUCAGUGAUAUUUACCGUGUCUAUUUGCAGCUAAACUAUAUUUCAGAUUGGGAGAUGUCCUGGGCCCCGAAAGAAGGCCAUCCCAUUAAACAGGCCAUAUGCGAGGAGCUUCAUCUAGACCAUGUCGUUGUUUCAUUGAUGAAGCGAUUGCCGUACUUUCGAUUUUCGGGGAUAUCAGACGAUAUUGAAUUCAUCCAUCCUUACUCCAGAGCAUUUGUGUAUCUCGAAGAAUCUGAACUUCGGGGUGGCCGUGAUCCAGACCGAUUCACUUUUGAGAAGCCGAGGCCAGAUUUUCUCCUCCCCUGGGAGAUAGCUCUAACUUGUUCCAUGGAUGAGGGCAUUCAUUUGAUUUUGGAUACAAAGGAAAGUGAGUAG